UGGUUGAUUGACCUUUGUUAAUUUUGUUUUUGUUUGUGUUCGAAUCGUGUAAUCAUGGCAUCAAGUAAUCAAUUAAAUGAAACAUUAUUUUUGGUUCGAUCAAUUUGUCGAACACUUCGUCGACAGAUGAAGGGAAAAGUAAGCGAAUCACCAAUGUUUGAAGUAAUUCGGCAAACAGUUCGACAAAAUAAAAUAACUGAUCAACGUAUUUGUCGUGCACCAAAUGAAUUACGUUAUUUGGGACAAUCAUAUCGUACUUAUUUAGAUUCAGGUGAAAAAUAUCGUCAAUUACUGGCAAAAUAUUAUGGAAAAUCUGAACGUAGUGUUGAUGAAACAGCUAAAAUGAUGGGUUUUAAAUUACCGGAAAGAUUUAAUCAUUGAUUCAAUCAUCAUGAUCACAUAGUCAUUGUUAAAUCAAAUCAGGAA